AUGGCUCCUAGUUUGGACGAUCCCGAUGUAAUUGUUCCAUCGGCUGUUAUGUGCGUACCUUCCACAGGAUGGUGCUGGCUGGUCUGUCCAGCGGGCAGGCUGCAGAGAACUUCCUUCCUUGCGACGGAACUGAGCCUUUUCUAUACUGCUGUGCUCAUCCUUAUUCUAGAUAUUGGGAAGAAGGAGAAUAAAAGUGGAAAAAUGCCCAAAAAAAACGCAUCCAGCAAGGCCUCGGCAAAGAAACAGAAAGGCAAAAACAAAGCUAAGAAAUCCUCAAAAGAACCACAGCUUGAGGAAGAUGAAGCUGAUCUUUCUAUGGCCAGUAUAGGCCACCCAGAAAUCUUUCCUUUAGUUUUCACUACAAAGACCCAAGAAAUCUUUAAUUGCCGAAUUGAUGAAGAUGUCACAGAAGAAAAUUGUUUCAAACUUAUUAAAAAAGAGGACAUAAUUCAGGACAUGAAAACAAGAGCUGCAAUUUCUGAUUUCCACCCUGUCAAAAAAGUUGUCCUAGAAUAUCCAGGAGAAGAACUUUUGGUAGUUUUUGAUGCAAGUUUCCAGUAUGGACGGAGCUUUUACCUUGUUGCCACUGAGGAAGCAAAGGAAAACCUUCUGAAUCCUCCAGAAACUGCAGAAGAAGAAGAAAAGAAAGAGGGAACUCUGGAAAUCCCUCCUUACAAGCCUCCUGUCUCCAAACCUUGGGUUUCCCUUGGCAGUGAAAAGGAAGUUGAAGAAGAAUCUGUUAAGGACACUGUUAAAAAGAUUAAGUUCAUGAUUUCUCGAGCACGCAGGAGGUUUGGAGCACCAAUCACAUUUACUGACAAGAAUGCUUCGCAAGAAACAGACAGUUACAUUUACUGCCCGUCCUAUCAAGACAAAACUUUCAGUAAUAAAAUACUUGAAAAAGAUGUGGGCACACAAAUGGUUCCAAAAGUAAGAGAAGCUACUACUCAGACAAACUGGACUUAUCAAAAAAAUGCAGCCAUGCAGUAUUUUCCUAGAGAGUUGUCAAAUGAAGAGAAAGAAGAGAGUCUGACAUCUGAGGAGAUGAAAGAUUUUCUUACAUCAGUAUGUCUAAGCAUGGAAAUUGCAUUGCAGCAAAAUGAAAUUAUGAAUGCUUUUUUUGAUGACUGGAAGGCCCUAGCAGAAGAUGAAAGCAGUUCUGGUGCCAAGCCAGAUGUUUCUCUUAAAGCAUACCAAUCGUUCACAGAUCUGCAUUAUCUCAAGGACAGAACUAUUAGCUGUGUUUGCUGGCAUCCAACCAUUUAUGGGAUUAUAGCAGUGUCAGUAAGACAGCAGCUUUCUUAUGAACAGCACCUUCCUGAUAAAUCAUUGAUGCAGAAAUCAGCAAUACUUUUUUGGAGUUUUUUUGACCCUAUCCACCCUCAGCUAGUAUUGGAGUGCCCUGGAGACAUUUACUGCUUUCAAUUCAGUCCAAGAGAUCCAAAUAUCAUUGCUGGUGGCUGCAUCAAUGGACAGAUUGUACUGUGGGAUAUUUCUCAACAUGAAGAAAAGCUGCAAAGCGAAAAAAGUGUUGCUGAUGGAACGCAGAUGUCAGCUGUUAGUACGCCAUCUCUUACACAAGGCCAGCAGAGCAGCACAAAGCCACCUCUGGUGAGAUACUGUGCAGUCUCUUCCAUACGAUACAGCCAUAAAAAGCCAGUAACAGAUAUGCAUUGGCUGCCAAGCCAUUCUGAGGACAACGAAAAGGAUGCUACUUCUGAAAAGAAAGCUGAAAUUUGCAUGCAGUUUGUAACCUGCUCCCCUGAUUGCUCCGUAUUAUUUUGGGAUGUUCCAGCCACCAAACUUCCUGAACAACCUUUAAAUGAGAAAGAGAGAGAGGAGGAAGCUUUGUAUAAGCCCCUCAAUGUUCCAGAUACUUCUAAGCAGCUAGAUCUCUACUGGAAACCUCUCAUAAAGAUAAACCUCUGUGGAGGUGAUACCAACACAGCGCAUGGUCCCAUCAGAAUUAUUGUGAGGGAACUGCUUUACCACUACAGAAUCUCAGAGAAGAAGCAAGGUCUGAGAAAACUAGAAGUGCCUGGCAAAGACAGCCCAUAUACAGAGAUAAGUACUUCUUCAAGCAAAAAUCUGAAAGUGCUAGAGAAUUUCUCCACCAACUUCUUUCUUGGAACUGAAGAUGGAGAAAUUAUUUAUUCCGACUGGAAAACUGAAAUUCAUAGUGACUCGGCAAUGCAAGUUCGUCAGAAAUACACCAUCAACACUAAAACUAUCAACACUCUCCAGAGAUCUCCAUUUUUUGAAGACAUCAUUCUAAGUGUUGGAGACCAGAAUUUUGCCAUUUGGAAAGAAGGGGUUACAAAUGGACCAAUCCUUAAAUCAAGCUGCUCUGCUGGAAGAAACACUGUGGGACACUGGUCCUUAACAAGACCAGGAGUUUUCUUCAUUGGCAGAGACGAUGGGAACAUACACAUUUGGGACUUACUGAAGAAAACUCAUGAGCCAUCUCAUUUCCAGAACAUCUCUAAAUCAAGGAUCACUUUCAUCAGCCCCUGGACUGCCUCACCAAAGGAGCAUUUUUUAGCUGUUUCUGAUGAUCUUGGAGUACUGCAUGUUUUGGAGAUCUGCCAGACACUAAGCGACCCCCCGGAGAAUGAGGAUGCCAACUUACUUGAAUAUUUUGAAAGAGAAGUCAAGUAUCUGAAUCACUGUGAGCAAGAGUUGCAAGAAUAUCAAGAGAUUCAAGCCAAAACAGAAUUGAAACAGAGCUGGAAGAACAGAGGGAGAAAAUAG